CCCCACCUGGUGCUGACCACAUGUGUCUCCGGUCCCCAGACAGAGCUGUGACCUGGCCCUGCUCGCAGCUGAUGAGCCUGCCCGCCAUGGCGAGCCCCACUCUGAGCCCCGACUCCUCAUCCCAGGAGGCCCUGUCGGCCCCCACCUGCUCCCCCACCUCUGACUCUGAGAACCUCAGCCCCGAUGAGCUGGAGCUGCUGGCCAAGCUUGAAGAACAGAACCGGCUCCUGGAAGCCGACUCCAAGUCCAUGCGCUCCAUGAACGGCUCCCGGCGGAACAGUGGCUCCUCGCUGGUGUCCAGCUCCUCGGCCUCCUCCAACCUGAGCCACUUGGAAGAGGACACAUGGAUCCUGUGGGGCCGGAUCGCCAACGAGUGGGAGGAGUGGCGACGCAGGAAAGAGAAGCUGCUGAAGGAGCUGAUCCGCAAGGGCAUCCCACACCACUUCCGGGCCAUCGUGUGGCAGCUGCUGUGCAGUGCCACAGACAUGCCCGUCAAGAACCAGUACUCAGAGCUGCUCAAGAUGUCCUCGCCGUGUGAGAAGCUGAUCCGCAGGGACAUUGCCCGCACCUACCCAGAGCACGAGUUCUUUAAGGGCCAGGACAGCCUGGGCCAGGAGGUCCUCUUCAACGUCAUGAAGGCAUACUCCCUGGUGGACAGGGAGGUGGGCUACUGCCAGGGCAGCGCCUUCAUCGUGGGCCUGCUCCUCAUGCAGAUGCCUGAGGAGGAAGCCUUCUGUGUAUUCGUGCGGCUGAUGCAGGAGUACCGCCUGAGAGAGCUCUUCAAGCCCAGCAUGGCGGAGCUGGGGCUCUGCAUCUACCAGUUCGAGUACAUGCUACAGGAGCAGCUUCCGGAUCUGAACACCCACUUCCGCUCCCAGAGCUUCCACACGUCCAUGUAUGCCUCGUCCUGGUUUCUCACACUCUUCCUGACCACCUUCCCGCUACCUGUGGCCACCCGUGUCUUUGACAUCUUCAUGUACGAGGGCCUGGAGAUUGUGUUCCGGGUGGGCCUCGCCCUGCUGCAGGUGAACCAGACAGAGCUGAUGCAGCUGGACAUGGAGGGGAUGUCCCAGUACUUCCAGAGGGUGAUCCCCCACCAGUUCGACAGCUGCCCGGACAAGCUGAUCCUCAAGGCUUACCAGGUCAAGUACAACCCCAAGAAGAUGAAGAGGCUGGAGAAGGAGUAUGCCGCCAUGAAGAGCAAGGAGAUGGAGGAGCAGAUCGAGAUCAAAAGGCUUCGGACGGAGAACCGGCUCCUGAAACAACGGAUCGAGACCUUGGAGAAGGAGAGCGCUGCUCUGGCUGAUAGGUUAAUCCAGGGGCAGGUGACGCGGGCACAGGAGGCCGAGGAGAACUACGUGAUCAAGCGGGAGCUGGCGGUGGUCCGGCAGCAGUGCAGCUCGGCAGCCGAGGACCUGCAGAAGGCCCAGAGCACCAUCCGGCAGCUUCAGGAACAGCAGGACAACCCGCGCCUCACCGAGGACUUCGUGGCCCACCUGGAGACAGAGCUGGAACAGUCGAGGCUGCGGGAGACCGAGACGCUGGGGGCUCUGCGGGAGAUGCAGGACAAGGUUCUAGACAUGGAGAAGAGAAACAGCUCGCUGCCUGACGAGAACAACGUGGCGCGGCUGCAGGAGGAGCUGAAGGCACUCAAGGUGCGGGAGGGCGAGGCCGUGGCCUCGGCGCGGGAGCUGAAGCUGCAGCUGCAGGAGCUCUCGGACACCUGGCAGGCCCACCUGUCCCGCGGCGGCCGCUGGAAGGAGUCCCCGCGGAAGCUGGUCCUGGGCGAGCUGCAGGACGAGCUGAUGAGCGUGCGUCUGCGCGAGGCCCAGGCUCUGGCCGAGGGUCGCGAGCUGCGGCAGCGCGUGGUGGAACUCGAGACGCAGGACCACAUCCACCGCAACCUGCUGAACCGCGUGGAGGCGGAGCGCGCGGCGCUGCAGGAGAAGCUGCAGUACCUGGCGGCGCAGAACAAGGGGCUGCACACACAGCUCAGCGAAAGCCGCCGCAAGCAGGCCGAGGCCGAGUGCAAGGGGCGGCGGGGGGCGGGAGGAGCGGCCCGGCGGCCGGGUUCCGUCCGCGGGUGCGGCCGUGCCGGUCUUCAGCGCGCCGGUUCCCCGCCCCAGGUGCGGCUGCUGAAGGGCCCGCCGCCCUUCGAGGACCCGCUGGCCUUCGACGGGCUGGGCCUGGCGCGGCACCUGGAUGAGGACUCGCUGCCGUCGUCGGACGAGGAGCUGCUCGGUGUGGGCGUGGGCGUGGGCGCGGCGCUGCAGGACGCGCUCUACCCGCUGUCCCCGCGCGACGCGCGCUUCUUUCGCCGUCUGGAGCGGCCGGCCAAGGACAGCGAGGGCAGCUCAGACAGCGACGCCGAUGAGCUGGCCGCGCCCUAUAGCCAGGGCCUGGACAACUGAGGCCGUGCCCUGCCCUGCGUGCCGGAGCCCGGGGCGGGGGGGGGGGCCACCGCCCGCUCCUCCGCAGGUGGCCGCACCUGAUAAACUCCAACGCCCUCCGUGGUCCCGCCCACCAGAGGGCUAGGCCCAGAGCAGCGGGGCGCAGAGGGUAGGGCCGCGGUCUGAGGAUCCUCAGGGUCCCCCGGCAGGCCCACUCUCCCCAGCAGUGUUUACCCAUCUUGGUCUGUACCCCUCCGGGCCCGGUUCCCUGGAGGGUCUGCCCCUCUGAACAGCCAGGGCAGGGGAUGACCCAGAGGUCCCAGGACUGGACGAGCAGGAAGCUCCCUCCUCCCAGCAGUCCCCCUUCUGGGACAAGGGUGGCCCUGCUGGGAAGGGCCCAGGAGCUAAAGGAGGCCUAAGGAAGAAGGGGCAGCUCUGGGCUGGUUGCUACCACCCCCUGAUGCCCCUGGGGACCGUUGGUGGCUGGGCACAGAUGGCCAGCCUGGCCUUUCCUGCCUGGUGCAGGCAUCAUGGCCCCUGCAGCAGAAACCAAAGUCCCCCCUACUGUAUGCAGGGCCACCUGGGGUGUGAGUGGACAGCGGGAACCAGCCCAGGCCUGGGCAGUGUCUGUCCCUGCUUCUUGGGGGCCAGAACUGCUGCAAGGAAGUGAAGAGACCCCCUCUCCCCAGAGCCCCACAUCUUCCUUUUGAGACACUCCCAUCACCUUGUCUUGGCCAAUGAUGGAGGGUCUCCCCCACCCGAGCUAGCCUGCUCUCCAAGGGGUCCCCAGCCUCCAUGCCCCUUCCUUCCCUGUGUCCCCAGCCCCACCCUCUGGCCAAGGCCAGGCCCCAGGGGAGGAGCCUUCCCAGUGGAGUUACCUCCCCUUGGCUGCUCAUGGUGGUCCCGUGGUCUCUGCAGAGUCAGAGCUGAGAACGGUGCCAAAGUCCAACGAUGCCCCCAGCCCCUUGCCCCCAGGGCCUUGCGACCCUCAGGCCUGACCCUGUCGGUGCUCCUGGAGCCUGGAGCAGCGUCAAAAGCAAUCUCCCUGGCACUUCCUGGGGUGGGGAUCCAUGCUCAGUUACCCCCUUCCGGUCGCCCACUCCUCAGUGUUAACAAAGCCUGGGGACCAGGGUGGGCAUCCAAGGGGCUCUCCCAUGUGCCCCCCACACUGCCCACCAUCAUUUUGCACACUGCCUGUUCACACUCCACAUGUCGCCCAGGCGGGAAAGAUGGAAAAUAAAGUGUAUUUACACAGUCACAGACAA